AAGCAACUAGUGGUGCCUUGCAUCCGUACAAGAGGCAGCAUCAAUUGUCAAUGUUCCUUUCCUCCCUUUGUACAACACCCCUUUCCCUCCUACAGACCACCCAAAGCCCUAUAAAUAACCGGAGCGCUCUCUUCCUCCCUCAGACUUCUCUCUCUCUUCAGCGAGGAAGCCUGCCGAGAGGGCGAGCGAGAAGGCAAGGGAGCGAGGAAGAGGGAACAGGGCAGAGAUGGCCAGCGAAUUCAAGAAGAAGAAGUUCUGGAGGGCGGUGGUGGCCGAGUUCUUCGCCAUGAGCCUCUUCAUCUUCAUCAGCAUCGGCGCGGCGCUGGGCUUCAACUUCCCCCUCGCCGGCGCCAACGAGACCAUGACGCGGGUCCAAGACAACGUGAAAGUCUCCCUGGCUUUCGGGAUCUCUAUCGCCACCAUGGCCCAGAGCGUGGGGCACAUCAGCGGCGCUCACCUGAACCCGGCCGUGACCCUGGGCCUCCUGCUCAGCUGCCAGAUCAGCAUCUUGAGGGCCGUCAUGUACAUUAUCGCCCAGUGCUUGGGGGCAGUGGUGGCCACAGCUAUCCUUUCCGGGAUCACGUCCGGGCUGUCAAACAACUCGUUGGGGCUCAAUGCGCUGUCAGAUGGAAUCAAUCCAGGACAAGGCCUCGGCAUCGAGAUCAUUGCUACCUUGCAGUUGGUGCUCUGUGUGCUUGCCACGACAGAUAGGAGGAGGACCGACGUCUCUGGAUCGGCACCCUUGGCCAUUGGCCUCUCAGUGGCCCUGGGGCACCUUCUUGCUAUUGACUAUACUGGUUGUGGAAUCAACCCUGCAAGAUCUUUCGGGUCCGCUUUGAUUACCACUAACUUCACCAAUCACUGGAUCUUCUGGGUUGGCCCGCUGAUUGGAGGGGCCAGUGCUGCCCUCAUCUAUGACUUCAUCCUGGCUCCUAGGAGCAGCGACGUAACCGAUCGCAUGAAGGUCUGGACCAGUGGCCAUGUGGAGGAAUACGAUCUCGACGCCGAUGACUCCAGGGUGGAGAUGAAACCAAAGUAGAGGCGUACCGAGACAAGAAGGAGAAGAAGAAGACAAACAAAACCAAUCUCUGAAGAUUUUUAUCAGUAUUAUAGACUCUUUGUAAAGCAACAAGCAAUUCUUCCCAAAAAUUUUAUAAGUCA